AUGAAUCCCACAACGGGCCAAGUCGUUCUUCUCCCUCCACUUGUCGACCAUGUCCAAACUGGAUUUCAUGCAAUUGGGUAUGUACCGGCUUCCAUGGAGUAUAAAGCGGUUAUCUUUUGUCCAUUGAGUGCAAUGUACGACAAGAGGUGGUGUUAUAUAUUAAACGUUGGAGUUGAUAAAUCAUGGAGGAAAGUUGAAUUUGAGUCAACAACGCCAUUGCGGUUGCAUCAGUUGAUGAUUUCUGAAGGUUUCAUGCAUUGGGCUCAUCCCACUACCAACCAAGUCUUGACUGUGAAUCUGGAGACUGAAACUUUUACAGAGACCCCUGGCCCUAACCCUAACCCUGUAGCUGCUGGAACUGGGAAUGUAAACAAUAUUUACCUGUCGACUGGAAGGUAUCUGUCGUUAUUGCGUUGUUGUGGGGAUGAGUCGACCGGAAAGGGGGGAAUGGAGAAAGAAGGCAGAUUUUUCAUUGGAGGCUCACAAGGGAAGAUUCGAACAAUUAGGUAUCCGACAUGA